AUGUAUGCAUGGUCACUCUCCCUCUCCUUUGCACUGUCGUGUGCGCUCGUCAAUGCCCACGCGGAGACAGACUCUCGAUCUCUUCCCGACACUUGGUACCAAAGCGAGACGCAUCCCGCUCACGCACUCUUUCGUCGUCAGUCCUCCGGCUCGUUUCCAGCAGUCGGCUCAGCAGAAUGGAAGGCGGGCUUUCCCCAGACCGCGGACACGGGUUCCGUGCCAAAGGCUUGGACAGACGCGCUGAACGCGGCGGUCGCGGCGGGCAAGAUUCCCAACGUACCCGUCUCGUCGCAGCCCAACGGACCCUCCACGACUCCAGUCUAUCAAGACCAGGACGCUAGCAAGCAGCCCAUAUGCUCCGCGUCUGCACACUGCCGCCUGCCUGGGCAGAUCUGGGAUGCUCCAUCUGGCGUAGUCGGCAUAUCUUUCGAUGACGGUCCCCUGGCUGCCUCCGAUGAGCUGUAUUCCUUCCUUCAACAGAACAACGUACCCUCUACACACUUUUUCAUCGGGACCAACAUUCUGCAAUUCCCGAACGAAUUCACGACCGCUUUCUCCACGCUGAAGAGUGACAUUGCAGUGCACACUUGGACUCACCCAUACAUGACCACAUUAUCGAACGCCCAGGUAGUGGCCCAGCUUGGCUGGACAAUGCAACUCAUCUAUAUCUCAACGGGAGGACGCCUCGCCCGCUACUGGCGCCCCCCUUACGGUGACACCGACGCUCGUGUCGACGCUAUCGCAUCAGCGGUGUUUGGUUUGACCACUGUCAUUUGGAACCAAGACACGUCCGACUGGAGCCUGGGCACUACGGGCGGAACAACGCAGGACGCUAUUGACGCCAAGUUCACCCAGUGGCUCAGUGGUUCCAAGUCGCCCGGGCUGAUCAUCCUCGAGCAUGAACUCCGAAGCGCUACUGUCCAAGCUUUCAAGGACAACUUCCCCAAGUACGCUCAAUACGGGUGGGAUCUCGAGUCGGUUGCAAGAAUCAACGGCGCUUCCUAUCAGAAUGCACAGAGCUCGUCGGGGUCUCUCACAUACGAGGGCUCUGUGGCUGGCGCGUAA